AUGGAACGGCCAGUGUUAGUGUUGGCGACAGUGCUAAGCGGAGCUGCUGUACUUUUCUCGUUGGGAGUCUGCGCUUUCAUUUACAGUGAUCUUCAUGAUUUCCACACUGAGGCCUUGAUGGAAUUAGACGAGUUCAAGAACAUUGCUAACUAUGCUUGGAGAGAAAUGGAACCCUCAUCGCAUCCUUUCGAGUUCGCCAGAGCCAAGAGAGCUGCUGCUCAAUGCAACUGCAAAGCUGGAGGCAAUGGAUGCCCAGCUGGCCCACCUGGGCCAAAGGGACAACCUGGAGCACCUGGAGAAAACGGAGAUGCUGGAGACGCCGGACAAGAUGGAGGACGAGCUCUGCCAUUCACUUUCUCUGAUGGAUCUGUUGGCUGCAUUAAGUGCCCAGCUGGCCCACCCGGACCACAAGGACCCCCUGGACCCCCCGGAGGACCCGGAGAGGACGGAUUUUCUGGUGGAAACGGAAACGAAGGACGAGAUGGAGCCGAUGGACCAGAUGGUUGCAUGGGAGACAAUGGACCUGAGGGACCACCCGGACCUCCUGGACCACCUGGACCAGCUGGAAAGCCUGGACACAGCUAUCGCGCCGCUCCAGGACCUAAGGGAACUCCUGGAAACCCUGGAAACCCUGGAAACAAGGGACCAAAGGGACCUCCUGGAGCUCCUGGAAACCCUGGACCCCAAGGACCAAAUGGAAAUCCUGGACGACGGGGACCUGCUGGAAACCCUGGAAAGAAUGGAGAUCACGGAAGCCGUGGAGAGCCUGGUGGCGAUGCCGCAUAUUGCCCAUGCCCACCCAGAAGUGCCAAUAUGGCCGCCGACAAUGGCCAACAAUCCUCUGGAUAU